AUGCACGCCGUCAAGAGCAUCUGCUACCUCCUCUUCGCCGUCAACGCCGCGGCGAUCCCCAUGAACCAGACCCUCGGUCUUGAAGCCCGCGACAAGACCCUCCUCUGCCGCAACACCAAAGGCGACGUCAAGAUCAGCCAAGGCAAGGCCGAAGGCAACAUCCACGCGGCGCCGGUAGUCGAUCCGAAAGUCAAGAGCCAGAAGCCCAAGUCGGGCUACCCGCACGGCUACGGCAACAACGACGGCAUCAAGUGGCCCAACAGCAAGUGCAACGACAAGAACGCCGAGCUGCUCGAGUUCCCCGUCUACGCCGACGGCCACCUCUUCCCCUACAACGAGAAGAAGACGAACCUCGACCCCGGCAUCGCCCGUGGUAUCUUCACUUACCCCAGCAAGGACUUCUGUGGUGUCAUGGCGCACAAGGACGGGAACAGUGGGCCGUUUGCUCUGUGCGAGUGA